AUUUCUCUUGGCUGUAAAAGUGCGGUCUGUCAACUGAAAUGCAAAUAGCCCUUCUGCGUGUAUCUGUCUCGAUAUGUUAUCUUCGUGUGGGGGUGGGUAGCGUGACCUACGGCUAUCCAACUCCACUAAAAUCCGUUUAUGUGUAACGUUCACCAACGAUCGUCUCCCCUGAGUGAUUACUUCACAUUCAUCUCCGCCGCACCGUGAACACAUGAAGAGAACGACACCCGUAACGUUCAAUACAGCAUACAUUUGGCGGCUCUUAGCGCCGAAGACGGUUUGUUUUGGCAUCCCAGGGAAGUGGGUUUUACAACCGCUGUUUUAAGCCCUUUUAGACAGUCAUGUGAUUGUAACGUAACCCGACCGGAAAACACCGACGACCAUCGCCGCCAAUGCUGCGUUUUAGAGGAACAGAGCAGCUGCGAGCCCAACGGACAAGUCUCCCGGUAACAGACAACAACUCACCCAACUCCACACACUCACGCGGAGGAAAGGAGGAAGUAUGGAGCUGGCCAAUCAUGGUCUUAUCCUUCUGCAGCAGCUCAACGCGCAGAGGGAGUUUGGCUUCCUGUGCGACUGCACGGUCGCCAUCGGUGAUGUCUUUUUCAAAGCACACAAGGCUGUACUGGCCGCAUUCUCGAACUACUUCAGAAUGCUCUUUAUACACCAGGACAGUGACUGUGUUCGCUUGAAGCCUGCUGACAUUCAGCCCGACAUCUUCAGUUACCUCCUCAAUCUGAUGUACACCGGAAAACUGGCGACGCAGCUAAUAGACCCGGCUCGCCUGGAGCAGGGCGUCAAGUUCCUCCAUGCAUACCCUCUCAUUCAGGAGGCAAGUCUGGCUAGCCAUGCGGCUCAGGCACAUCAUGAGGUCAGCCUUCCCCUAUCGUCCUCUCUUUAUGGCAUUCAGAUAUCAGACCAACAGGCCCCACUCACAAACCGCCUCUCUGCAAGAACGCAUCUCUCUUCGCCGUUCGACUUGGAAGGUGGCGGUUUGCUUGAUGGGAAGUGCGUUACCACAAACAAAGCUACCUCACUGAUGCGGCCUGUAUCCAAGCACAGGCAAGCUCUGUCUGAAACCGAGGUAGAAGCGUCGGCGAGCACCAGUCAGUUUGUGAGGGAAGGCGGCGAGAUGGAAACAUCUGCAGGUGAAGCCCCGUCUUGCUCCCUUAGCGCUAACACCAUUCUACAUGUGAAGCCCAGCAUCAUGAGAAGAAGUUCCUCUAUGAGGAAGCAUUAUACGUGCCACGUCUGCGGGGGCCGCUUCUCCCAGCGAGGAGCCUUACGAGAGCACCUGCUUCUACACUCCCAGGCUAUGCUCCCCCUGGUCUUAGAGUCCGUCAGUGCGGCGUUCCCCAUGCCGACUGGAGGUGCCGCUACGCCAGAGGUCGAAGAAGUCCUCAGAGGCAGCGAAGCCACUGCAGUCACUCCCAUCAUCGUGGACGCUGCUAGUGACAGUGAGCAACAUCUGUACUCAAAAGACUCGCCACAUCCUGAAACCGCCAUGCCUGUCCCAACAACAACCGCAGUCAGUCUGUGCACCGCUCAGUCCCAGGCGGACACUCCACCUCCAUCCGAUAUCGCUGAUAUCGACAAUCUAGAGGGUGCGACUGACAUGGAGCGGGAAGUGAAGCGGAGGAAAUAUGAGUGCUCCACAUGUGGCCGCAAAUUCAUCCAGAAGAGCCACUGGAGAGAGCACAUGUACAUCCAUACGGGAAAACCGUACCGCUGCAGCGCCUGUGGCAAGAGCUUCUGUCGGGCCAACCAGGCGGCCCGGCACGUUUGCAUGAAUCUGGGCUCGGAGCCAGCGUACACCAUGGUGGACCGACAGAGCAUGGAGUUGUGCGCCGCGGAUGACUCCAGCCAAAUGGAGGCGCUGUUUCUCGGCUCUUCUGGGAGACCGUACAAAUGCAAUGUGUGUGAAAUGACCUUUUCCAGCCCCAAUGAAGUGAUCAAGCACCUGUGCUUCAACCAGGGUGUGCUCUCGAGUGCAGCGGCUGGAGAUAUGGGCGUCAGUGGACUGAACAGUGACAGCCUGGCCAAAGACGAUGGCUCAGAUUCAUCCAACGGUGGGCCAUUGAUGACGCCCAUCAAAACUGAGGAAGUCUUUGUGGAAUAGAUUCACGUCCAUUUACUUAAGAGUAUUGUUGUGUUUUUUUAUUUUUAUUUUAUUUUUUUAAAUUGUAUUGCAUUUGUGGGUAAAUUAUGAUUCGAAGUUAAGCUACAUAUGGAAAAUUGUUAUAUUGUUUCUUUUUUGGGGGGGGGGGUUACUUCUAUUGAAAAGUACUUUUACUUUCUGCUUUUUUAACAGAUGCAUUCAUGUACUAUAUUUAUAACAGAUUUACAGGAGGAUUAGUCCAAUGAGUCAAUUUCCUGCUUCGUUCUGUAUUGCGUUCAAGGGUUUUAUUGACUACUCGUGUCAUUUGUAGUUAAAGUUUGUAGUAAAAUUUGUGGUUGAAGCUCUUCCUCUGCCUAACGUUCUACAGGAAAAGGAUGUAGUGAACUGCUGAAGUCCUGUGUUUUUCACCAUGCAGACCAGACGUGGACCUCUUUUUAAAUUGGUUUGGUAACUUAACGGAGAAUUAAACAUUUUAAAGCCACAAAAUGAUUAGUUCAUGGGUACAGCACCAACAUUUCUUUUGGAGAAAAAAAAAAAAGAAGUAAUUUUCUGAGCAGCUAAAUGUGGGUCCUGGUCUAGGACGAGUAUUCACUACCUCAACUGGUUUCAGACAUGCAGUAUCUGACUUACCUGAAAUGUACAGCAAAGGGUCGAGGAUCAAAGUCAACUUUAUCUUCCAGUGCCUCCGAGGAGUUCCACAGAUCUCAAAGUUUUCUUUCUGAGGCUGAAGGUUAGCAAGAGCAAGGUGUAAUUGUAGGUAACCUUCAUGCAGUGCCAGAUUACCUUUUAACAUCACUUCUAUUGUUAAUGUGACCCACAAUAUAUUAGUCUAAUUUUCCACUUUUGUCAGUUUAUUACUGUGUUUUUAUUGUGUGCCAGUGCCACCUAAAUGAUAAACAUCCUUGCUGUACAAUUGUUCAUCAGCAAUCUGGUUGUGUUGCUCUCACUGUGGUUCAACAUGUUUACAGUUGUGCUGUGUUUAAUCAAAGUUUUUAUGGUGUGUGUGAAUUUAGAAAACACCGUGGCCAGUCGUACACGUGUUGUGUGUGUGUGUGUGUGUGUGUGUGUGUGUGUGUGUAUAACAUAACAUUGUUUGAAGAGAGCUGUUUCUGUUUUCUUCCAAUUUGAUUUUUCCAUGAAAUCAUUUGCUUGAAUAUGCUCUUAAAUUCCUUAUUUUUGAGUUUUAUAUAACUUUUUCUAAUUUUAUGUACAGUGCUUUAUUUACAAAGAAUUUUAUAAUCUCAGAGGUUGUAUAUUGUUGAAUAUUAUCCAUUAGAGUAUAGCACGUGUGAGUGUGUGUAUUUGUCAUCUCUGCGUUGGCUGUCUUUGUUUUAAUGAAACUGACAGCGAGGUCAUGCUGUAAAAGCACUGAUAUCUACUAAAGAUCCCUGACUACUUUACUCGUUAUACUUGUGCUACAUCAGGAAACUUCUGUCAUUUACAACCAGGCUGAUUUACAUUCAGUGCUAAAUAUUUCAUUUGUCUUUCUCUUGGUAAACACCUGGUGGGAAUUUAUUGUAAGAGCACUGUGAGUUAAGUUACUACUGAAUAGUUAAUUAGAGCUCAUGGCCAUUUGCUUCAAUUUGUUACAAGAUUAUUAUUUUUAUUGUAUUUUAUUUUUUAAUGCUGUAUUGUAAUUUUUUUUCUUAUUUGUAAUCAUACAUCAGGCAAAGUCAUGCCUUUUAUUUCCUUUAGUAUUGAUACAACUCUUUAUUAUUUGUAUAUAUGCAAGUUGUAACUCAUUGAGGCAGUUUUAGGGAGGAAGGGUGAAGGUGCCCCCUCAAACGCACAAACCCCAAAGCCAAGGCACGCAUACUGUGAUCUCUCGCUCCUCAGGAACAUGAACCGUUGUCUCUGGAAAAAAUACUUCCUUUGCCUUUUCGUUGUGAAUGAUGAUAAUAAAUCCUUAUGUUUUGAA